UUUUUCUUGCGUGUUUUUUGUUAGGUUAUAUUUGGAUUAUCCUCUCAAUUGUGUUUUUUUUUUCAAUUUUAUCAUGUAAAAGCAUUUAAUUUUUAUAAUAUGGGGCUAACGAAGGAUUAUUUGCGAUACAUUCCGGCAGGCACCUUCAAUAUUAUAAGUAGCCAAAACUGCAAUGCCGUUUUUGUUACCUUGCAAGGGCAAAUUGGUCGUUUUGUAGCUGUUGGAGCUUGUGAGCAUAUCAUUAUUUGGGAUUUGCGACUUGGAGAAAAGGCACAAUUGUUACCUGGUGAACAUGCAACUGUUACUUCAAUAUGUGCAAGUCCAAACAACAGGCACUUGGCAGCAGGCUAUUCAGAUGGAAGUGUCCAAAUUUAUGACCUUAAGUCUGCUGAGGUUAUAAGCAUAUUUUCUGGACAUAAGUCAGAAGUAACAACGCUUGCUUAUGAUAGUUAUGGGCAUAAGCUAGCAUCUGGCAGUAAGGAUACUGAUAUUAUAGUAUGGGAUACAGUAGCAGAAACUGGAUUGUACAGGUUCUCAGGUCAUAAGGGUCCAAUAACCAAAGUAGCUUUUAUGUCAAAAGAAAAUGUACUUGUAUCUGCUGCAAAAGAUGCUUUUGUUAAGUUUUGGGACUUAAGCACUCAGCAUUGUUUCAAAACUUUAACUGAGCAUCAAACAGAAGUGUGGGGUUUUUGUCUUAUAAAAGAUGACCAAUACCUAGUAACAGGCUGUGGAGAUGCUGAGUUAAGGGUCUUUAAAUUGACCCUAAGAGAUUUAGAUACAGAGAAUGUGAACCCUGUUGAACAUUUAUCUGCAACACUUGAGCUAGCAACAUUGGAUGAGGGAGAUGACACCACUCAUCCCCUUCAGUGCUUGAAAAUAGGAUCACUUUUAAGGCCUGGAAAGGGUCGAGUGGUGACUCUAACAAGCGAUGCCAAUUGUCAAAUUAUCGGAGUUCACGGUACUGAUCAGCAAAUUGAAUUGUUUUAUUUUUGCUCUGAAGAUGAAGCUCAAAAUAGGCUAAAGAAACGGUUGAAGAAGGAAAAAAAAAAGGAGAAGAAAGAUGAGGCAAUGGAAACUGAAGAACAUUUAGCUAAAUCUGGUGGAGGAGAAACCUUCCAGUUAAGCCUUAGAGAUGAAGUUAAGAGACUUAAUCCGAUUAAAUUAACAAGCAAACCUAAAAGUGUCGAUUUACUGCUCGGAAAUGGUGGCGAAUUGAGAGUUGCCGUUAACUUUUCGGACAAUUGCGUUAGACUUUUUAAUAUGCAAACAUCUCUAAAGGAAACAGAAGCGACAUGUUUAAGAUCAAUUUUGAGCCAAGGGCACCACAGUGACGUCCGUGCGGUAGCAUUUAGUAGUGACAAUUUGGCUAUUGUGUCUGGUAGUACUGAAAGCAUAAAAAUGUGGAAUAGACCAUCACAAACCUGCCUGAGAACUGUGGAAACAAGGGCUGUAUUAUCAAUAAUUUUUGCUCCAGGAGACAGGCAUGUACUAGCAGGCUUAAAGGAUGGUACCCUAGUCAUAAUAGACAUAGCAGCAGGAGAUAUUUUAGAGGAAAUACCUGCGCAUAGUAAAGAUUUGAGAGCUUUAAGCCUUACUCCUGACCUGAGAGGCUGUAUAACAGGAGGUGGCGACAAAACCGUUAAAUUUUGGCAAUUCGAAUUAAUAGUGGAUGAGAAAAGCCAGACUAAGGUCAAAGUCUUAUCGCUAAUUCACAAUCGAACCCUUAAAUUAGAAGAUAGCGUUAUGUGCGUUAAAAUCUCACCUAACAGCAAAUAUAUUGCCGUUGCCCUGUUGGAUUCCACUGUGAAGAUAUUUUUUGUUGAUACUUUUAAGUUUUAUUUGUCCCUUUACGGUCACAAACUUCCUGUGCAAUGCAUGGACAUUUCAAGCGAUUCCACUUUAAUAGCCACCGGCUCCGGCGACAGAAAUAUAAAAAUUUGGGGCAUGGAUUUUGGAGAUUGCCAUAAGAGCAUUUUUGCCCAUGACGACACGGUCACUGGCUUACAGUUUGUACCCAAAACGCAUUACUUGUUUACUUGUGGUAAAGACGGAAAGGUUAAGCAAUGGGAUGCAGACAAGUACAAUAAAAUAGUCACUUUGCAGGGUCAUUCUGGGGAAGCAUAUGGACUAUCGGUAAGCCCGAACGGCCUAUUUGUUGUCUCUUCGGGGUCCGAUCGUGUUUUAAGGCUUUACGAACGUUCAGAUCAGAUUGUUGUGUUGCAAGAUGAAGAGGAAGAAGAGAGGGAAAAAGCUGAGGAGCUGGCAACUGGGGAGCAAACGGUGGUACCUGGGCAACCCGGAAUCAAUUUACCAAGUAAAAGAACUGUUGGCAGUGAAAUGGCUGCUGAGAGUAUACUGGAAUGUCUGGAAAUAAACGAAAAAUACCAGGAACAAUUAGCAGAAUUCGACGCUUUACAGGCCGCAUCUACACAGGCCUUGGUGCCGCCUGCUCCCCCUCUACUUAUGCAGGCCUUAAACGUGGCAACACCGCAAGACUUUUUGCUUGAAACCAUCAAAAGAAUCCGUGCGAGUGAUUUAGAGGAAGGAUUAUUAAUUCUACCAUUUCAUGCUGUAUGUGAAAUUUUAACGGCGUUGCCAAAUUUGAUAGAGCGUGGCGACUGUACCGAGUUAGGAUGCAAGGUUGCCAUGUUUUUGCUGAGGUUACAUCACGCCCCCAUUGUGGCCAAUAAACUGUUAUUGGACACAUUGCAGAAGCUUCAGAAGGUUAUGCAGGAAAAAGUGACGGAGAUGAGGGAUUUAGUUGGUUACAAUUACUUCGGACUGCAGUUUUUACAAAGAGAAAUCGAAGUUAAGGAGGGUGUUCAAUUGUUUAGGGACGCGACCAUUGAAAGAAAAAAGGGAGAGAAAAGGAGGAAGAAGAGAGAUAAACUAAAAAGGUCUAUACUGGUAUUGAAUACUUAAUUGCAGUAUGAGUUGAGUUUUACUCUUUACUCUUGUAAAAUAAGUGAACAAAAUCAAAUACAAUUUUAGGGUUGAUAAGAAAUAAAUUAAGCGUGUUUUAAUUUGAAAAAUCA